UUGUUUCUAACGGAAGAUUUUGAAUGUGACACAAAACACUACAUGCCACUUAUUAUACAAUUUAUGUUCAAAUGGAAACCCAAAAGAAAAUACCCGUUCCCGUAUUUACAGAGGUUAACAGGGAUGUGUUUCUACGAAAUAUAUAUCCAGCGCGUAAACCGGCCGUGCUAAGAGGCGUGUGUCUGGGUCCCUGUGUGGACAAGUGGACCGUGGACUAUCUUGCCCAGAAAGGAGGCGCCAAAGAAGUGAAAAUCCACGUCUCCAGUGUGCCGCAGAUGAACUUUCUUCAAAAGAACUUUGUGUACAGGACUCUUCCAUUCGAUGAGUUUGUGAAGAGGACCUCUGAGGAGAAACACGCCGACUUCUUCUUGUGCGAGCACGAGAGCUAUUACCUUCGUUCCCUUGGAGAAGAUGUCCGAAAGGAACCUGCUGAUUUGUGCAAGCAGUUCCCUGAGCUCGCAGAGGACUUUCACAUCCCGGAUUUCUUUGAGCCCGAUCAGUUCUUCUCCAGCGUGUUCCGGAUCAGCUCCUGCCGUCUACAGCUUUGGACGCACUACGACGUGAUGGAUAACCUUCUGGCUCAGGUGACGGGGAGGAAGCGAGUGGUCCUUUACAGUCCCCAGGAUGCAUUGCACCUAUACUUGACAGGUGACAAAUCUGAGGUCCUGGAGAUUGACUCACCGGACAUGAACUCGUAUCCAGAGUUUGUGAAGGCAGCGAGAUACGAGUGCGUGCUGGAGCCGGGAGAUCUGCUCUUUAUUCCCGCCCUGUGGUUCCACAACACCCUGGCGCUACAGUUCGGCGUGGGUGUCAACGUGUUCUGGCGCCAGCUACCUGCCGACAGCUACGACAAAAAGGACGCGUACGGCAACAAAGACCCCGUUGCCGCCAGCCGAGCCCUCCAAGGCCUGGAGAGGGCGCUGCGCUGUCUCGACGAACUGCCAACCGACUACCGAGACUUUUACGGUCGCCGCAUGAUUCAGCGAAUCCAGGACCGAACGUUCUCUGAGUGUCAAUGAAACUGACAGGUGGCCUCAAAUGGAUUUUGACCUUGACAAAGUGGGAUUGAGACUUUGGUAGUGUUGAAGGCUAAAAAAAUGUUUCUGUGGCAGGUUUUUGUUUUCUUCCCCACAACAAAGAACGAACUCUGGGAUUCACCCAAAAUGCCUUCAAGCCCAAAUGAGCGACUUCCUGUUCCAUUUCUGAAUUGGCUCUUUUGAGACAUUUUGUCCUGUUAUAACAAAUAUGUCCACAAAAGUUUCCAGAAAACGGUAAUACUGGUGAUCUUAUUUGUAAUGUUCCAUGAAGAUGUCACUGAGGCAGUUUUAAGGUGCUAAACUUAUGGUGGAGGUUUUAGGCGCGUGCUGUGCGGCUAAAUUAUCUUUGGAAUACGGUAUCACUAAAUGUGAUUUCAAUGUGAAUAAAAAUAAAAAGCAGCAAUGAAA